GCCUGUCCCCGGCCGAGGGCGGAGGGCGGCGCUGGGGGCAGCGGGGCGGCUCCCGCCCCAGGGCUGAGGGAGCCCGCGGGGCGGCCCCAUUUCCCGGCAGGCUGAGGGCGGGGGAGCUCCCGCUGUGCUGAGGUGCCGUCGAGCCGCCCCGCUGCCCCCGCGCCCCCUCGCAGCGCCUCGGGAGCCGCCGGCCCCUGCCGCCCGCCCGCGAAGAUGGAGCAAACCUGUGAUGAUAUAGAUGAAAUGUUCAGCAAUUUGCUUGGGGAGAUGGAUAUGCUGACCCAGAGUUUAGGAGUGGAGACUGUACCACCUCCAUCCCCCAAAGAGUCCAGCGAUCAAUUCAGCUUUACAGUUGGUUUUAAAGAUUUAAAUGAAUCCUUAAAUGCCCUAGAGGACAAAGACCUGGAUGCUUUAAUGGCUGAUCUUGUAGCAGACAUAAAUGAGGUUGAACAGAGAACUUUACAAGCACAGAAAUCUUCUUGCAACCAGCAAAGUACAGUCGCUCAGCCUUCAACGGGCUUGGAUAGUGACAUUUGUUCUAAAUCAAGUCUCUAUGUUACCAUUACUGGACAGUCUGGGGAUGACCUGCCCCCUCCACCUCCAGACCCUGAUUUAGACCUUCCACCACCACCUCCUCCACCUCCUUCUGAGCCACUUACCCAGGAAGAACGAGAGGCACGGGCCAAAGCUGACAAGAUUAAACUUGCAUUAGAGAAACUGAAGGAAGCCAAAGUUAAAAAGCUCGUUAUCAAGGUGCACAUGUACGAUAACAGCACAAAGUCACUGAUGGUGGAUGAACGUCAGGUGACACGGGAUGUUUUAGACAAUCUCUUUGAGAAAACCCACUGCGACUGCAACGUCGACUGGUGUCUGUAUGAAAUGUACCCAGAGCUGCAGAUUGAAAGGUUUUUUGAAGACCAUGAAAAUGUUGUUGCAGUGUUAUCAGACUGGACUCGAGACACUGAGAAUAAGAUUCUGUUUUUGGAGAAAAAGGAAAAAUAUGCUUUAUUUAAAAAUCCCCAGAAUUUCUACCUGGCAAACAAAGGGAAGAACGAAAGCAAAGAAAUGAAUGAUAAAAACAAAGAGGCUUUACUGGAGGAAAGCUUCUGUGGGACAUCUGUCAUUGUGCCAGAGCUUGAAGGGGCCCUUUAUUUAAAAGAAGAUGGAAAAAAGUCCUGGAAGAGGCGUUAUUUUCUUCUACGAGCUUCUGGAAUUUAUUAUGUACCCAAAGGAAAAACCAAGACAUCACGGGAUCUGGCAUGCUUCCUUCAGUUUGAGAAUGUGAAUGUGUAUUACGGUUAUCAACACAAAGUGAAAUACAAGGCGCCUACAGACCACUGCUUUGUCUUAAAGCACCCCCAGAUUCAGAAGGAGUCACAAUAUAUCAAGUACUUGUGCUGCGAUGAUCGAGCAACCCUGCAUCAGUGGGUAACAGGAAUAAGAAUUGCCAAGUAUGGCAGAACACUCUAUGAUAAUUACAAAUGUGCAGUGAAGAAAGCUGGCUUGUCCUCCCUGUGGGCGAAUCAAGGAACAGUGGAACGAGCUGCCCCUGCAGGAUCCUCAUCAGCAGGUACUGUUCAAUCAAAUGGACAGAUUCCCCAAAUUACUCGUCGUUUCAGUGCAGAAUUUCCAGACACUCAGAAGAAAGUGGAUACAUCAGAGGCACAGGCUAAGUCAAGUAACCUCAGUGCACCUGGCAUGGCACAGUCAUUGCUGAGGCCACAGUCAGUCCUGAUUAAGAGGAACUCACUGCAGCCUCCUCCUCCACCUGAAAGGCGAUCAUCUGCUAUUUCUGCUUCACCAAUUCUACCCCCCAAAGUGAAACGAGACAGCGGCAUUUUCCUAACAGAUCCAGAGAGCUUUCCAGCCCCACCACCUACACUGAUGAUUGAUUUUCCACCACCACCUCCGUCUGAUUUCUGUGACCCACCUCCUGAUUUUGUGCCUCCACCACCACCAGUCUCCAGCAGCAGUAAUGGAGACCUGCCAGUGCCCCCUCCACCUCCACCUGUCUCCAGUAAGCCGCCACCACCUCCAGCAAAGAAACCUGUGCCUCUUCCUCCAAAAAGGCUAGAAAACACAGGAGCAGAUGGAGAGCCAAGGUCAGCUGGGCCACCUCCCACUGGGGCUGGAGGCAGGCAAGCAGAUUUCAUGUCUGACCUAAUGAAAGCUCUUGAGAAGAAGAGGGGCAACAACUCCUGAACUCUGGGAGCAGGUGGACUUUAAGACAUAGCUGGUUUUGUGAGGCAUCAUAGAAGUGCACGCUGGAUCAGGCUCUUCCAGGAGGAAUUCUCCUUCAGAGUUCCUUUUGGGGGUCUCAAGAAGGUGGGGUGCCCUUUGUCCCCCUCUUUGUCUCUAGAGCCUGCUCCUUCCCCCCCUACAUCUCACCACCCCCUGUUCUUGACUCCCAUUCCUGCACCAGGCCAAGGUAAGAAUUGACUGGAGAGUCUUGCUUCACUCCACAAGGACAGCCAGGGGUGGUGGAGCAGCACUCCAGAGCCAGCCAGCAAGUGAAAUGCAUCUUCUGUGGCUGCCUCUCUAGUGGAACUGGAGCUAAAGGAAAAAUACAACAAUGUUCUCAUGUGAAUUUUGAGAAGUGGGAAGAUCCCUUUUCACAGAAUUGCCCUUAAAGGUUCUUUAUUGAAAAACCCCCCGCCUAUGGGGAUGUUUUUUCCAAUAAAAAGACCCUCUUGAAAAAUGUUUUAAAUAGUCUGUCUUAAAAAGUAAAACCUCAGCUAGAUUAUUCUGAGAUGCAUGUCAGGGCCAGGACCAUUUCCAGACAGUGUCACCCCAAAUGUUACACACUCCUGUUUCUAUAUGUAACUCGGUCAUACCUGGUCAGCAUUUUCAGCUGCUGUCUUGAAAUCUCAUUUAUUUGGUUAACCUUAGACAAAUAAAAAUGUUUAUUUUGAAAUCAUGUAUGCUUCCCUUGGUAAGCAGGAUUUUUCUUCUGUUGGUUAACAUUUGUCUUCAAACUGUACCUAGAAAUAAUCUGUCUUGUGAAAGACUUUGUAAUUAUCUUGUACCUGAUAGGAAUGUCUCCUCCUACAAUUUUUUCAUUUGUUCUCCCCAUUUAAUUGUCCAUUGUUCAUUUAGGAAGCAUUCAUUGUUAGUUCUCAAAUAAAAAUAGCUUCUAUUUUA